GAUAUUGGGCUUUCCGGUUUCUGUUUCGUUCGAUUGAUCGGUGCUUUGACAAACUCUGUACAGGUACAUUGUCAACUACUUUUCCCUGACUAAUAAUGUCUCUGUCAUAGACUUUUCAAACUUUUGCGGAAAAACGUCCAAGUGAAGUUGUACAUAGUGCGAUCGCGUUGAGGAAUACUGAACUAACCAAAGCUUAAUUGAGAUCCAUGGCGAUGACUUAACCUACUGGAGACAAUGGACUCUGGCAAUGUUAUGGUUGUGUUACAACAACUACUAGAAAAUCAUUUACAUUCAUUUAAUCGGAGAUUUGACUCCUUAGAAUCCCAAGUUAAAGAAAUACAUUAUUGUGUUCAGAGUCUCCAACAAGAUUCUUCUGAAACCUUGAGCAUCCUUGAUGAACUACAGAACACUGUUGAAACCACCAAAAAAUCCUUACGUAAGACCAACUCCUUUGUACGACGAAUUUCUCAAAACCUGAAUAGGCCUAAUGACUUUUCCGGACUCUCUCAUCAUAUAAAAAGUCAGUAUGGGUCCACAGACAGCAACCAAACUCACUCAGCUUCCAGAGAAUCGGAUGAUUCUGAUCAGCCAGUGCCCAGACCCAGACCUGGCAGGAGAUCACCUAGACACCCUAGACCGUCAUAUUCACCAUCAUUAAAAGGUGUAAAUACUGUAAAACAAAGACGAAGUGGGGCUUUCUGUAACAACACUGACACAGUGCAGCAACAGGAUAUGAAACGUUCAUCCAUGGAACUGAGACAAGAAGGAAGUUUCAACAAUGUACGAAAUGCAACCCAAGAUUUAGAAGAUAGAAAGGCUUAUCAGUUACCAGCCACUACCAAUCAACAUGCCCCUCAAAGUCCUCAAUCAUCAACUGUAACCAAUCAAGAGGCCACAACUUCUCAAACAUCACCUAUCAUCCACCGAGGCGUCAUUACUCCUCAACCAUCAGGUGGCAUUCAGCAGGGAGCUGAUGCAUCCAUCCCAAUGGAAAGUCUAGAGAGUUUCAUGAAAUAUAUUAAUGUAGAAAUUAGAGACCUUAAACUGAUGUCUGCUCUUGGAAAUAUUUUCAAAGAUUCGUCUUCCCAGCCUCAGUUCCCUUUGGGUCUGUACACGGUCCUCUUGUUAGAUAUAUCAUCCAGUGUCAACAAACACAUCUUUAAACAAGUUAAAACCUUUGUGGAACAAAUGGUGGAUGAUGUGGAGAAUUCAGCAGCUGAUCACCACCUAGAGGAGAUGAUUGCCAUUCUAACUUUUGGAGGAAGCUGUGAACUGGUCCAGCGCUUUACCAAUGACUACAUGCCUGUCAAGGAUGCAUUAGAAAGCGUUCAUCUCGGUGGAAAAUCUCCCAUGCUGUUUGGAUUGGCCAUGGCUAUGGCCUACUGCUUGAAGUUUGGAAAAAAAGUUAAAGUAAAUGGACAUGUUCUUAAUCCUCGAAUAAUCAUAUUCACUGAUGGCUAUGCAACAGACAGUCAGGAGAAGGAGUCAUGCCUGGGAGCAGACUAUGAAUCCAAUGCUAUCCGGGUACAGUCUGAUUUGUUUAAAUUUCUUCCUCAUCUUGAGAAAGCUCCAGUUACUGUGAGCUGUGUGGGAGUUGGUGAAUGCAACCAGGUUUUCCUUCGAGAAAUUACAGAAAAGUGCCAUGGGGAAUUUUACCCUUUGUCUACCCAAAAUGCACCAAAACUAGGUCGCUAUUACCGUUAUCAGGAUCCUGUAACAAGAGUAAAGAAUGCCAUUAGUCAAGGCAACAGCCAAAGAAAUCCCAGAGACCUUGUGCAUGAACACACAAUGGGAUCACAGUACAUCGAAACAGAUCGGGAAGAAAUCCUUAAGCUAUUGAGACUUGACAUUAAGGACCUUCCUGUACCCCAGCCUGUCCACAGAGAUCCACAACCCCCUACACCAAACAUCAUAAAUGUAAUUUCAAUAAAGCCAGAUAUUAGUAAUGUGCCAGUGCGUUCACCCUCAUUAGAAAAUCCCGUUCCUUCAUCACCUGAAGUGGACCUUUCCGAUGGAGAGCUGUUUGAUAAAUAUGGACAGCCUCAAAAUCGAUGUCAUCCCUGGGGAGCGCGAGUCAUCAGGGGAGAAAACUGGAAGUGGCCAGAUGAUCAAAAUUCUCCAGGAACUGUAGUAGCCCACAAAUCUGAGGGAGUACUGGUUGUUAAAUGGGAUUGUGGGGCACAUGGAGAAUAUCCACAAGAAAACUUGUUUAAAAUCACUGUUCCAAGAUCACUCAAGCAUGAAGAGAUUAUUGAAGUUGGAUGUUCUGUCAAACGUGGACCUGACUGGAAGCGGGGUGAUGAAGAUGGGGGUCCAUCGACAGUAGGAACUGUGAUACGUAAACACAGGGAUGGCUCUGUCUCUGUUGUCUGGCCAUUUGGUGUUGUAGAGCGCUACAGAUAUGGAGAAAGAAAAAAAGAAUUGGAAGUAAUAGCCGAUGCUCCAGCUGCUGCAAUGUCUGCAGAAAGACCCUCAGAGUCCAUAGAGCCAGAUACACGAGAACCAAAUCAAGGGGAGACAAUAGUUUGGCAAUGGAUUGAUAAUGAGACCACCGAACAAUACACACUGUCCAAAGACGAGGCUGCAAAGCUGGAGGAGGUGUACCAAAAGAAAUCUGGGACUGUGCUUGUAGGCUACAAAGGUUUGCAGCUUCGCUGCCAGCCCACUCAGAUGAAAUACAGGGACAGUGGAGGGAAAAAUAGAACUGGACAAUUGAUUCGAAAAGUGUGCACUCAUGAGGAAUCGGAGACAUACUACCUCAUAGAAUCCUUGCGGUCAUUUCAGUAAUUGAUUGUGCGGUCAUUUUGGUAAUCGAUUGUAGAUCAUAAAUGCACGAUUAUAUUAUGAUCACUCUGAUGAGCACCUACACAAGCAUUUCUCAGAACCUGAUGUAACUGUAGCACUUAUGAUUGGGAUUUACAUCUAACUUUUUGGAACUCUUCUCAGAGCGGAGGUGAAUUUUUAUUUAAGCCUAGUCAUUGCAACCCUAGUGGACAGCAAUUCACAACAAUCAUUUUGUAUGGAAGUUUCAGCACCAGUUUCCUUAAUUAAUUUGCUAUUACAAUUACAUACAUACUAAUUAUUUAUGGUCCCUCAAGGGCUCAUGGGUCUGUCUCCCCCAUCAUUACCAAAUUAGAAACAGUCCUUACGAUUUGUAAUUGCAGUGCAUUUUCUUAGAUCUACAAGUUUGUACAUAUAGCAGAAACAGGUACAGCAUCAGGUAGUUGAAAGAUUUGACUAAUGGUAUAUUUUUAUCUUUUGUCAUUUAAAUGAACUACUAGCUGUGACACUGUUAGUUGCAUGUUUAGAAAUAAAACAUGCACUAAUCAUAAAGAUGACCAAACUGAGAAAUAAAUACCCCCCCCCCCCCCCCCCUCCCUAUGAAAAAAGUCUUGAAUUUCUGAAAAUGCUCAUUAUUAAUAAGAAUUUGUGUCUAGAAACUUCCAUGUUUAGUUUUGUGUGUGUACAUGAAUGGUGAUGUAUAUAGUUAUUAGAAUGAAUGUGGAUUCUUCUUUUUCUUAUACUAAAUUUAGAAAUUUGAAACAGUGUAUAUUCUUUGCAGGCCACAAUUUGUUUUUAUAUACAAGCAUCUUAUGUACAUUGCUACUUCAGGGUUUUUUCACCAGAUCAAGGGUGGGGUCCCAAUAGGGAUUCAUUAAAGAUCUGUGUUGGUUAUAUUCAUGAAACCUUUACUUUCUUUUUAUUUCACAGAGAGAGUACUAAUGAGUGUGACAAAAGAAAUUGGAUAAUGGUAGAAUUGCAAUUGAUUGUAUACAGUUGUAUUGUGCAUCAGUACUUAUAGAUGUGAAUUAUAUGUUACAUGUGUGUGCCUGCUUAUGAGCAUAGUAAAAAUUGUACAGUCUGUUAAUGAGAUUCGUUGUGUUUUAUUAUUUCAAUUGUGUAUUGCAUUUUGAGUACAUCAAUGAUUAAAUUAAUUCUGUGUAAUUUUC